AUGUCACCGAAACUGUCUCAUAUUGCUAUUUUUCUGACGUUUAUAUCUCUAGCUUCUCAGCUAAAAUUAGUAAGUAAAAAAGACACUAUAAGUUAUCAUCCUGGAUUCUCUUUCAAUAAGCUACUCCAACACCUCUCUGAACGUGCACCUGAUAUCCAUGAAGUGAAGAACUCAAAUACACCUACCACUUUACUAAACGUACAUAAUCUUAAUGUUUUCUUGGACGAUUUAUCAUUUUCUAGACAAAAAACAUCCCAGAGAUCUGGUGAUCAGGAUGCAUUAUGCAAAUUCGGCAGAUGCGGCUGCUCAGGGAAAAGAUGCAGGUCGGACGAUAAUAAUGUAGGAAGUGACCAAGUCCAAGAGAUACUUAAUGAACUAGAAAAAGAGUUAAGUAAAGUAGGUUCGUUGAGAUGUUCCGAAGAUAAAUGUAAAGAUGAGGAGGAAAAUGAGGAGGAAGAUGACAGCUGCGGAUGUGAUUCUAGAAGUGGAAAUGACCGAUGCGGAUGUGGUCCUAGAAGUGGAGAUGCCCGAUGCGGAUGUGGUCCUAGAAGAGGAGAUAGAAAUGACAAUAAUAAUAACGAUCAUAAUGAUGUUGAUGACAAAUCUCUCCGAUGUCAAAGCGACAGAUGUGGCAGAGGGCGUACACGAUCCGACAAAGACUUGAAAUCAAAACUUGAGAAAUACGGCAAAAAAUACAAGAUCAAUGAUGAGUUAGACGCGAUAGUUCUCGACCUUAGUAAUUUUAACGGUUUCCUAGGUAAACUAAACGAUAACCGUGGUAAAGAUGCAUUUAUAAAGCGAGACCUCGACCUGGAUUACUAUUUUAACGUAGGUGAUGGCAACAGAAAAGAGAACUCCAAUUAUCUUGAAACUUUACGCGUAGAUGAUGACGGUCAGAAAGACGACUCAAAUCAACUUAGACGCAUUAAAGAUUCUUUGUUCUUUCAAUCUAAGGUCAAAGAUGUUAACGGACUCUAUGAUGUAAACCAACAAGGUCUAAAUAAUGCUUUAAAUUUUGUUAAAAACAAUAGAGGCGACAAAGACUUAUCGUCCUUCACGAACGAACAAAAAUAUCAGCUCCAAAAGUUGAAAUUACAAUAUCUUAAAUUCGGCGCUACAUCCGACGAGAACGAUUUAAAAGACCAAAUUAAAAGGGUUACUUUAGGCGAGGAUAUUAAAUCCGAUAAUGGUAAAAUACAGGCAUACAUGCCAAAAUGGUUACACAGGGCAGUGACAAGCUUUAAUUAUGAUGACGACAGAUUAAGGACGAAGAAACAAAUGUUUCCGCUAACAUUCAAUCAGAAAUUGAAGCUCAGUAAGAAAUCGAAUAAACCGAAGAAACCACGAGUAGCCCGCAAGUUAGGAGAUCUAUACGGGGCACCGUUUGAACUACAUAUAGAAGGAUUAGGACAACUUAGUCCAUCACAAGUGAAUUGAGAACCGUAAUAAAUAAUAAUAAAGAAUGUUUUAUUAAUUUCCACUUUAAAAAUUUAUGUCAGAUUAUUAUAUUUUAUCAAUUUUGCAUUCAUAAUGUUAUCUAAAAAACAUUCCUAAUGAAAAAUGCUUAAAAAAUUAACCAGCCCCAAGUAUUCUGAGGUGUUGUCCUGACACUGUAUACUGGUUCAUUUUCGCCUAAAGUAAAAUAUUCAUGUUGAACCUGGUCUUCUUCAGUCAUUAGAUUAG